AUGAUCUCCAAUUUUUUUGCAGCUGCAUUGGUAGCACAACUUUCCAUGGCCGAGCCAUACUUUGGGAAAUACUUUCAUGGUCAACGUACUUCAUCAGACUCCUCUUCGGGUCCAAACCUUUACUCGGUUGAGGAUUGUUCUGCGUUUAUUUCUGAAACAAAUAAUACUUGGUCGUGUCACAACUCGACGGCCAUCUCUGAUUCGUGCUGCUUUGAGGAUUAUGGAAUCUUGAUGCUGACCCAAUUCUGGGAUUACAAUACGACAUUGUUGAGCAUUGCUGUUAAUGGUACAGCCCAAGAUAUUGUCAAAUCAGAUAUCCAAGCUCAGAUUGAUAGUUUGUACGAUGACGUGAGAAGAACAUUCACCAUCCAUGGGUUAUGGAAUGAUCUUUGUGAUGGUUCAUAUAGGUCCAAUUGUCAGCCUGAUUUGGAAUUAGACGAUGCUAGAGAUAAUUUGACGCACUUGAUUGGGGAAGAAUUUCAUGAGCCCGAGUUGUUGCAUAUUAUGAAAAAGUAUUGGAUCAAUACCGAGAAAUCCAAUGUUGAGGACCAAGCAAGUGUUGCGUUAUGGGAACACGAGUAUAAUAAGCACGGUACAUGUAUGAAUACCCUUAAUCCGCCAUGCUUCACUGGUGAGUUUAGAGAACACGAGCAAGCAGUGCAGUUUUUCAAGAAAGUUGUUGAGAUUUGGUCACAGCUUGAUACUUUUGAGUUUCUUGCUGCGGCAGGUAUCUAUCCAACGGUUGCUAAGCAAUACAAGUUGCGCGACGUACAAGAUGCAUUGGCAAAGGCUCAUGGAGGUCAAGUGUAUGUAGGUUGUUUGAAUGGUGCCAUUGAUGAGAUCUGGUACUAUCACAACUUGCAAGGUAAUGUCUUGACCGGAACAUAUAGAGCCAUUGACACUUUGACCAACUCUACAUGCAAGGAGAAUGUUUGGUAUAUUCCAAAAUAG